AGAGCUUGACUUUCUUUUCUUCUUUUUUUCACCUCCGACAAAGUGGAUAUUAUUGUAAUUUUCAACUCCGAAAUAGAAGGUUUUUGCUCAGGAUCCAUCAUGCAAAGAAGUUGAUUCUUCAAGAUAAAACAAUUUCUUGGAGCUUGACGGAUCAUGAACACUCAUCUGGGAUUAUCAUGUCUUGUGUGAAACAGCAACCAGAAACUUCUCAGAAUUGUACUGCUACACAUCAUCGUUUACUUCAAAGGGUAGGUCGAAGACGUCGCUUGAUGGCAAAAGGUCAUGCUUAAUUUUACAGUUGACCAGCCAAAUAGUUCACCUGCGGAAUGAUACAAAUACUGUAACUUCUUGCUGAAAGCGACAACUUGUAGCUUAAUCCCUUCGAAUAACAGGUAUGAACGAUGACCUCACCACGAAAAAGUCUUCAUAAAAAUGCUUAUGCUUGUAAGUACAACACAUGGAAAGGAAUGAAGUCACCAACAAUUUCAAUUACUAAUAAUUAACAUAUAAUCCACUAAUGUGGUUCCAUAUACAUGGAGACAAAGCAUGCUAGCCAGAAUUGGUAAACUUUCGAAUUCUGCUUAGGUCAUACAAGAGGAGAAAUGAGCCAAGUCAAUGACUUUUGAGUUGCAACUUUGUUGCGUUCAAAAAUGGCAUAUUUGUUGGUAAGGUGAUGAGCUGAUGAUCCCUUAUCAGGAGGCCACCAGAAAUAUAAUAAAGGGGUGCAAGAUAUAUGUUUAUUAUGUGAUCCUGCUAUUCAUUUUCUGUCAUGAAGAUGGCUGCCCAAAACAACCGCCAAUUCCAUCUCCACCACCUUUAUUUCUUAGCAAUUAUCCUUACUCAUGUUCUCUCCUCCAAUGUCUUCAUCGAGUCAAGCAGCACCAUGUACCCCUUUAGUUGCUCUGACCAGGUUCAGAAUUGUGAUUCCUAUCUAUAUCACAUCUCCGAAGGCCUUUCCAUUGAGCAAAUAGCUUCUUUCUACUCAGUGAAAUCAUCCAAUGUUGAGCCCAUUACUCAUGGCCUCAAACAAGACUAUCUUGUAUCAGUUCCAUGCACUUGCAAGGAUGUGAAUGGCACUCAAGGCUACUUCUACGAUACCUUCUAUAGUGUACAAUCUGGUGACAUAUUUACCAAUGUUACAUGGGUUCUCUAUAGUGGGCAAGCUUGGGAGGUUCCAGGAGUGGAACGGCUAUUUAUUGCUGGAGAUAUGAUUAGUGUGCAUCUUGUAUGUGGAUGCUUAGAAGUAGAGGCUAAAGAGAUUGUGACAUAUACAGUUCAGGAAAAUGAUACCCUAACAGGGAUUGCAGAACUUUUAUCUGCAGAACUGACUGGGAUUGAGAAUCUAAAUGAAAGAUUUACUCGAAAUCCAAACUUGAUUGAUGUCGGAUGGGUUUUAUUCGUUCCCAGAGAGAAGAAUGGAAUUCAAGCACCAAAACAAGGAAAGCAACACAAUUUGGCAAUAAUCCUUGGCACACUGUCAGCUGUGACUUUAUUUUCAGUUUGUUCAUUGCUGUUGUUCCUCCACAGAAGAAACAGAAACCAUAAAAACAGAAAAGAAGACCCAGAAGUUGUCAACAAAGCCCAAAGUCCCACGAGGACUUCCUUAAGGACUCACUUUCGUGAAAAGUACAUAGAAGAUGCAACCUUUGAAUCCGAAAGACCAAUUGUAUAUAGUUUGAAGGAGAUAGAUGAGGCCACAAGUCAAUUCGACGAAAGCAGGAAAAUUGGAGCGGGAGGAUAUGGGAUUGUGUACAUUGGUACUCUGAAAGAAAGGGAAGUUGCAAUUAAGAAAAUGAAGUCUUCCAGAUCAAAGGAAUUCUACUCAGAGCUAAAAGUGUUGUGCAAGAUACAUCAUAUUAAUGUGGUGGAGCUGCUGGGAUAUGCAACAGGGGAUAAUCACCUCUAUUUAGUAUACGAGUAUAUUCAGAAUGGAUCACUCAAUGAUCACCUUCAUGACCCUUUGCUAAAAGGUCACUCGCCCCUUUCAUGGCUUGCAAGAGCACAAAUAGCACUAGACGCUGCACGAGGAAUUGAAUAUAUUCAUGAUCACACAAAAGCGCGAUAUAUUCACCGUGAUAUAAAGACAAGUAACAUUCUACUUGAUAAGGGACUCGGAGCAAAGGUUGCAGAUUUUGGACUGGCAAGAUUGGUAGAAAGAUCAAAUGAAGAAGAUGCAGUAGCAACACGGCUGGUAGGCACGCCAGGUUACAUUGCACCUGAAUCUGUUCGUGAACUACAGAUGACAUCAAAAACUGAUGUGUUUUCUUUCGGAGUGGUCCUGGCAGAGCUAAUAACUGGUCAGCGAGCGCUCGCACGCGACAACGGGCAACCGAACAAGAUGAAAGUACUGGUAGCAGUUAUGACAGCAAUAUUCCGAGAUCAAGACCCGGAGACAGCUUUGGAGGCUAAUAUAGAUGAAAACAUGAAAGGAAGCUACCCAAUGGAUGAAGUUUACAAGAUGGCAGAACUAUCUACACAUUGUAUGAAUGAAGACCCGACAAAUCGACCGGAGAUGCGAGAAAUUGUCCAGGAACUUUGUAAAAUCUUGAUGUCCUCAAUUGAGUGGGAAGCUUCACUUAGAGGAAGCAGUCAAGUUUUCACCAGGUUAUUCGAUGGAAGAUGAAUCAGUUUCUUCAUGGAGAUGGUUGACAAGUUCCUCACUUCAAAAUUCAUAGUAACAAUCAAAGCACAAGCUGCAAUUAUUGUAAUCAAAACAUGCUCGUUCUAUAACUAGGAUUCAAAUAUACGUGCAUCAUAUAUACGAGGAGUCAGGCGGCAUUCCUUCAAUCGAUUACACUAAAUUUUAUUGGUCUUCAACCUUCUAUUCUGAAAUAAGUAUCGAUGAGGUGUUAAAAUUAGGAGGAUUAACAGGAUUUGGUUUUUUGGUGGUUAAAUUAUAAAUUGUUUAAGUGUUUAUAAAUAGUUUUUUUUUAAUAUUAAAGUAAAUUUUCUUUAUGAAU